UCUCUAAAGACCAGAGUCUCUCUCUCUCUCUCUCCCCCAACACCCUCCAAGCCUCCAUCUUUAUCAGGCAGUGCCCGUCUAAAUUAGCAAUCUUUUGCUUCUUCUUUCCAUCGUUUUCUCGCUACGUUUUGGCUUGUCAUUCCGUAACGUGACUCGCUGUAAAAAUUUCCCCACAAUGUCGCAUGUCCCGGUCUCUUGCCAAACGGACGUCGACAGCGAGAAAUAUCUAAUCUUUCUGGGACCAAACCCCCGAAUCCGCGCGAGCUGCUGCUAAAGCUUCGAGCUUUAAGCCUCGCGAUGCUUCGUCGGAGCUCGUAGUCCACUUCCUCGCUUCUGGGUUCUUCGGGAAAAUGAGGGACGGAGAUGUUUCCCACGUCGAUUUGGAGCAGGGGGGUCAUCGUCGCCGUAGUGAUGCGAGCGCCGAAGACGACGACGACGGGAGCGCGUGCUUCUCAGACGCGGACGAUGGCGACGGCUCGUGCCGCUCCCCGUUCUACUCCACCACCGGCGGGUCCUACGACGAGUGCAGCUUCGCCUGCGCGUCGGGUCGCGAGGCGACGGCCUCGGGAGGGCGGGGGCGAUCCUCCGGGUCGGAGCAGUCGGUGGAGAUCGAGGUGGUGGAGAGAGAAGUGAAGGUGCAUUUGGGGAAGGCGGAGAGGGAGAGAGAGAGAGAUUGCAGGAUUUGCCACUUGGGUUUGGAGAGCAACAGCCACGAGUCCGGUGUCGCCAUUGAAUUGGGUUGCGCUUGCAAGGACGAUUUGGCUACUGCUCACAAGAACUGUGCUGAGACCUGGUUCAAGAUCAAGGGCAACAAGACCUGUGAGAUCUGCCAGUCCAUUGCACGUAAUGUGUCUGGUGCAAGUGAGAUAGAGGCGACAGAGCAGUCAAAUGAAACCCAUAGUGCCACGGCUGCGUCUGCAGUCUUGGCCCCAAUACCUCCUUCUGAAACCCGAAGCUUCUGGCAUGGCCAUCGACUACUAAAUUUUCUGCUCGCUUGCAUGGUAUUUGCAUUUGUCAUAUCAUGGCUGUUCCACUUCAGAAUGCCAUCCUCGUGAAUUUAUGUAUCUGGUUCUUUCAAGAAGUACAUAGUACAAAGAAAAGGGACAAAGAGAUUGAGACAGAGUUGUAAAGGAGCCUGCAGGGCACGUUUCCAGGUAGUUGGUGCUUGAGUAUAGAUUAGCCAUGAGCUUCUCGGUGUUUACGCAGCUCAUCAUGUGAUUUCAUGUGUUUGUUCAUACUUGUCCAACUUAUUCAUCUAUGCGAGUUCCCCCAUAAUUUAUAGGUUCGUAAUCAUCAGGGUUCAAUCUUCAUCUACUUCCACUGUAAACCCGAUUUGAGUAUUGGGUGGAGUUGUAAAUAGGAUUAAUAUCUCCACAAAACAUUCUGCAGAGUAUUGUGCUCUUUUUCUCCGCAA